AUGUUGAGCUCGCAGAUCGCCAUAGUAGACGACGACAUGUUCGACCUCGACCUCGCCUUGACGAUGCCGGAAGUUUCCGCCGAGAAGCGCCGGCCGGAUGCGGAAUCCACGGCCGCCGCUCGCCUCCUGGUCGGAGCUAUGCCGGAGGUAAGCGCCGGCGCCGGCGCCGGUAAUCAUUGUGUUGUAUGUAUGGAAGAAUUCGGAAAUGAGGAAACGGGAAAGCGAAUACCGUGCGGACACGUGUUCCACGAAGGUUGCAUUUCCGAUUGGCUCUCGCUCCACAAUGCCUGCCCUCUCUGCCGCCGUACACUCGCCCUUUAA